AGAAGAAGAAAACAUGGCCCUCGCCGCUGCUGGACGAUCAGCAAUCCGGUUUUUGCAGCUCCCAUCGAGUGGUCUGCUCGCUCCGUGCCUCCAGAAUGGCUCCAUCAUCAAUCAGCAGCAGCAGCAGGUGCGGCACCGGCGCACCAAACACUGGGACCCGAAGUGGAAGCGGUUGCGUAAAGCCAAGUUCAUCAAGAUCGACAUUCCGAAUCUGAACGAGCGGCCGGAAGAUUUGACUCAGGAGCAGAUCAAGACGCGCAUGAAGGAGCGCGGAAUUCUACCGCCACGACCCUGGCUCGAACGUCCGUUCUACAUCAGCUGCACGGGUGGUGUGUUUGAACCGUACGUACCACCGGAAGGGGAUGGCCGGAUGUCGGCAAUUUCUAAAGAAGGCGCCAAGCAAGCGAUCGAGCAGCUGGAGAAGAAAACUAAAUCCAUGAUGGCCAUUCGCAAGAUACGGAGCUACGACGAGGAUUUUGAUGCGCGUGAUUUCGCCUCCCAGGCGCAAGAUAUCUACAUUCAGGCCCAUCAAACGAUGUGCGAGAAAAACAAGUACAAGCUACGGGAGAUCGUCACCGAGCGGGCCUACCCUGAGCUGAUGCACAACGUGGCGGACAAAACGAUUCACUGGCAGUUCAUCAAGUCGCUCGAGCCACCACGCGUCGUACAUGCCCGCUGUACCGAUGUCAUUACUAAGGAGAACAUCUUCGCUCAGGUUACGGUACGAUUCCACAGUCAACAGCUGCUGGCCAUCUACGAUCGCUUCGGCCGGCUCAUGCACGGUAGCGAGACGAUCGAGAAAGAUUGCCUGGAGUACGUGGUGUUCGAGAAGCAUCUGGCCAACGAGUACGGUGUGUGGCGAUUGCACGAGAAAAUUAUCCCCGAGUGGAUGCCACCGAAGGCACCCGCCUACAUUACGUAUCGCGUUGACGAUGAACCACCACCAGCGCCUGAGCAGGCUGAAGCAGUCGAGACGAAGGAUGUUGUAGCGGCAAAGGAGGAUGGCAAGUCCGAGGCAACCGCCGUCUCGGCCUAGGGAAGUGGAAGGAUGCAUGUUUUUAAUCGUUACAGAUAAUGCAUUAUUAGUCGUAUGAAGGUAAUAAAAGUGAACCGUAAUCGGA